GUGUCAAGCAGUAAAAUGUGUUAAGAAUUAUGUUCAUAUAGACACAAGUUACCUAAUCUUACUGCAAAAAAAUAAAGGAAAAAAGAGAAUAAUAGAAGAAAGGAAUCAACAAACCGAAGUGAAGCGAAAAAAAGAGCAAAAACCAUCAAAACAGCUGCGCUCUCUCACCUUUAACUCAUCUUCUUCGUCUCUCUCUUCCCAUUCAAAUAUACAUUCUCCCAUUUUCCCCAUUCCCUACUCUCACACAUGCAAUUGUAAAAGAUCUUUGUGUUUUUUACCGCAUUUACAUGUGUUGACCCCACUUGGACCCCGCCUCGUCUCCAACCUCCCGCCCCCUCGCGAUGCAUUGUGCAAAAUUCUCUCGUGAACUACAGUUUUAAUUCAAUUAUGUCAACUGCUAUAUACACACAACCACAGUGAAAACCCAGUAAGCAACGCAAUAAGUAUCUCUGGAUUUCCGUGACGUAGACAAAUGGGAGAGAUAUCGCUGAGAAACUGAGAAACCGAUAAACAAAAUCUGAGAAACCGAGAAUCAAAAACUGAGAAACCGAAAAAGUGCAUGUGAUGCCAAAUAUCCAUCAGCGAACGCGGAGUACUAUGUGAAUGCAGCAAUCAGCAGUUAGCCAGCAGCAGCUCUCUCUCUCUCUCUCAGUUAACCAAAUUAACCAAUUGAUGUGCCAUUCAGGAGCAGCAGCGCAGAAACAGGAUACGAGCAACGUAGAAGCUAAGCGAGAGUAUUAUCAAGAGUCAGGCGCAUCGCAAAUGCAACAAUCCCUCCAGUAAACAAUACAAAAUCCAACAAACAAGAAGCGAAGAAACAGUGUACAUACAACUGUAACGAAUUUAAAAUCCAAGCAAGCGGUUAGCGGUUCUACGGAGUAACAAAUUUCACAUCCCCCGAGUCCUCGUCCGAUAAAUGCCAAGAUAAGUCGCUACCGCUUUAACACCGCCAUCAACAUUACCCAGCAACAGAAGCUGAUCCAGCAACUCCAGCAGCAGCAGCAGCAGGCGAUUGCUUUUAAGGGGAAGAAAAACAAGCAGAAAUUGCAGUUGCAGCAGCCGUUGCAGUUGCAGAUUGGUCAGGAAACAAACGGAGGAGUAGGAGGAGCCGUUAGAACCGGAGCAGCAGAGCUGUUGGGCUUAACCAGAGGUGCCGAUAACAAUUGCAAGACGCCAAACUCAACCGCAAAAGUCGCCAACAUAACACAUAAAAUUUUCGGUUGGCUACGCAAAUCACGCAACAAACGGCCAGUCGAGAUCCUCAACAGCGAUUUCGGCGAAGACGGCGACGAGGGCGUUGGCGAGGGCAAAGGCCAAGGCGCAGGCGAGGGAGGAGGAGCAGCUGCCAGUACAGCUGGCGGUGCAGCCGAUCAAUUUUCAGUGGCAAGCGUUAAAAACAAAGCCGGCAAGCUGAAUACCACACAGACAGCCACGGAGACCGCCAUCGAUUCAAACGAACCCAAAUCUGAAAAGAUGUCAUCGGGCACGUUUGUGGAUCGAAUCGACCCGUUCGCCAAACGUUCGCUCAAGAAGAAGGGAAAAAAGAGUCAAGGUUCCUCGCGCUACAGAAAUUCUCAGGAUGUUGAGCUGCAGCAAUUGCCGCCGUUAAAAGCCGAUUGCUCCAGCCUAGAACAGGAGGAGCUGUUUAUACGGAAGCUGCGCCAGUGUUGCGUGUCCUUUGACUUUAUGGAUCCCGUCACGGAUUUGAAGGGCAAGGAAAUCAAGCGGGCCGCACUCAAUGACCUUUCCACCUAUAUAACACAUGGGCGCGGUGUGCUUACGGAACCGGUUUACCCGGAAAUAAUACGCAUGAUUUCAUGCAACCUAUUUCGCACGUUGCCGCCCAGUGAGAAUCCCGAUUUCGAUCCCGAGGAGGAUGAUCCAACAUUGGAGGCUUCCUGGCCACACCUGCAGCUGGUGUACGAGGUCUUCUUGCGGUUCCUGGAGUCGCAGGACUUCCAAGCGACCAUCGGCAAACGUGUGAUCGAUCAAAAAUUCGUAUUGCAGCUGUUGGAACUGUUCGAUUCGGAGGAUCCACGGGAGCGUGACUUUCUGAAGACGGUAUUGCAUCGCAUCUACGGAAAAUUCUUGGGACUGCGAGCUUUUAUUCGAAAACAGAUCAACAAUAUAUUCUUGCGAUUUAUCUACGAGACGGAGCACUUUAAUGGAGUCGGUGAGCUUUUGGAAAUACUGGGCAGUAUCAUCAAUGGAUUCGCCUUGCCUCUGAAGGCCGAACACAAGCAGUUUCUGGUUAAGGUCCUAUUGCCGCUGCACAAAGUCAAAUGCCUGUCGCUCUACCAUGCUCAGCUGGCGUAUUGCAUUGUACAAUUCCUAGAGAAGGAUCCAUUCCUUACCGAACCGGUGGUGCGCGGCCUGUUGAAGUUCUGGCCCAAGACGUGUUCCCAGAAGGAGGUCAUGUUCCUGGGCGAGAUUGAGGAGAUCCUCGACGUGAUCGAUCCGCCGCAGUUUGUCAAGAUCCAGGAGCCGUUGUUCCGCCAGAUUGCCAAAUGCGUGUCGAGUCCACAUUUUCAGGUUGCUGAGCGGGCUCUUUAUCUGUGGAACAAUGAGUACGCCAUGUCGCUGAUCGAGGAAAACAAUGCGGUCAUUAUGCCCAUCAUGUUCCCGGCCCUUUACCGCAUCAGCAAGGAGCACUGGAAUCAAACCAUCGUGGCGCUCGUCUACAAUGUAUUGAAGACGUUCAUGGAGAUGAAUUCGAAGCUGUUCGACGAGCUGACCUCCAGUUACAAGGCGGAGCGGCAAAAGGAGAAGAAACGUGAGCGUGACCGCGAGGAGCUGUGGAAAAAACUGCACGAACUCGAAUCCAAUCGUUCUAGUGGGCGCACCGCCGGCGGCAGCGCUACGACAUCGAACAGCGCAGCUCCCGCGGCGUCAACGUCCCUGCAGCCACCCAGCACCGCUGGCCUGAACUCUCAUCAGCAGCAGUCGAAUAGCAGCAGCAGCGGUAGCCUGUCCAGCGGCGGUGCUGGCGUCGACAAUAAUCCUGCGACCACAAAUGCGAAAAUCAAACAGGAUAAGGCGGACAACUAAGCAAGCAACGCGAGGCGCGCCCGAAACUAACAAUAAAACCAACAUCAGUAAAAGCGUAAGCGUAACGCGUUAUCCGAUAUCCGUUAUCCGUAAACGGCAGAGACAACAACCACAUCUAAAGGAGAAAUAAAUAGUUAUACUAAACCACACAUAUGCUAAACUUUAAAAUCAGAAAAUAUAAAACUAAAAUGUAUACUCGAUUGACAAGACACCAACCAAGCAGACCCGCAGGACGCUUGGCCGGCUGUUGAAGGAGGUAGAACCGAAAUCUGGAGCGGGAGCUGAAUCAGAUCCCUGAGCGUGUGUGUGUGUGUGUGCCGUACGGUAGCGGCAUAAAAGAAAUCUUUAUAAAUAAUGUAUCUUACAACUACAGCUACACACACACACACACUCACACACACACACACACGUGCGCGACACGUAUAAAUAUAUAUUACAAAAGAAGAAAAAUAAUUAUUAAUUACGUUUAAGCGAAAACAAGUUGAAUAAAGAGAAAACAUGUUAGUAAGUGAAAA